UGACAGGCCUCUGAUCCUGCUCAAACACAUGCUGUUGAGAUCAGAGCUCAGACUAGUUUCACUUCUCAGGAAGUGAACCUCAGUCAGUCGUCGACAGCGAGUGUUGAAAUGGCGCAGAAAGGAGUUCAGCUGGACCGGGAAUCCUUCUCUUGUUCUGUCUGUUUGGAUCUACUGAAGGAUCCGGUGGCUGUUCCCUGUGGACACAGCUACUGCAUGGACUGUAUUAAAGCCCACUGGGAUACAGAGGAGGAGAAGGAGAGCUACAGCUGCCCUCAGUGUAGGCACACCUUCACCUCGAGGCCUGUCCUGCUGAAAAACACCAUGCUGGAGACGGUACUGCAGGAACUGAAGAAGACCAGACUCCAAGCUGCUCCUGAGGAUCCCUCUUAUGCUGGACCUGAAGAUGUGGCCUGUGACUUCUGCUCCGGGAGGAAACUCAAAGCCCUCAAGUCCUGUCUGCAGUGUCUGGCUUCUUACUGCCAGAAACACCUUCAGCUUCAUUCUGAAGCAGCUCCAUUCAAGAGACACAAGCUGGUGGAGCCCUCCAAGAAGCUCCAGGAGAACGUCUGCUCUCGUCAUGAUGAGGUGAUGAAGAUGUUCUGUCGUACUGAUCAGCAGUCUAUCUGUUAUCUCUGCUCUGUGGACGAUCACAAAGGCCACGACACGGUCUCAGCUGCAGCAGAGCGGAGCGAGAAGCAGAGAGAGCUGGAGGAGAGUCGACUAAACAUCCAGCAGAGAAUCCAGGACAGAGAGAAAGAUGUGGAGCAGCUUCAACAGGAGAUUGAGGCUAUCAACGGCUCCGCUGAUAAAGCAGUGGAGCACAGUGAGGAGAUGUUCACCCAGCUGAUCCGUCUCAUGGAGGAACGACGCUCUGACGUGAGGCAGCGGGUCAGAUCCCAGCAGGAAACUGAAGUGAGUCGAGUCAGAGAGCUUCAGGAGAAGCUGGAGCAGGAGAUCACUGAGCUGAAGAGGAGAGACGCUGAGCUGCAGAAGCUGGCACACACAGAGGACCACAACCAGUUUCUACACAGCUACCCCUCACUGUCAGGACUCAGUGGACCUGCAGACUCAUCCAGCAUCAAGACCCGUCCUCUCAGGUACUUUGAGGAUGUGACAGCAGCUGUGUCAGAAGUCAGAGAUCAACUACAGGAGGUUCUGAGAGAGAAGUGGACCAACGUCUCACAGGCAGCGACUGAAGUGGAUGUUUUACUGUCAGAACCACCAGAGCCCAAGACCAGAGCUGGGUUCUUAAGAUACUCACGUGGAGUCACACUGGAUCCAAACACAGCAAACACACAUCUGUUAUUAUCUGAUGGGAACAGAAGAGCAACACUGAAACUACAACAACAGUCUUAUUCUAGUCACCCAGACAGAUUCACAGGUCGGUUUCAGGUCCUGAGUAGAGAGAGUCUGAGCGGACGGUGUUACUGGGAGGUGGAGUGGAGAGGGGACGGAGUUCAUGUAGCAGUCGCAUACAAGAAUAUCAGCAGAGCAGGAGAAUCACAUGAUUUUUUAUUUGGAUUCAAUGAUAAAUCUUGGAUGUUAGAUUGUAAAAACAACAGUUAUGACUUUAGGUACAACAAUGUUGACACUCCUGUCUCAGGUCCUCAGUCCUCCAGAGUAGGAGUGUACCUGGAUCACAGAGCAGGUAUUCUGUCCUUCUACAGCGUCUCUGAAACCAUGACUCUCCUCCACAGAGUCCAGACCACAUUCACUCAGCCCCUUUAUGCUGGACUAAGGUUUUUUUACAGUUUUGAAGACACUGCUGAGUUUUGUGAACUCCACUAAAAACCUUCAAGUCCAUUCAGACCAAAUAUGAGCAACAAGAGGAUUUCAAAGCUGCAUGGUUCUGGUCUGAUGGUUCUCCCUCCAAGAACUCUCUGUGCUUCAGGUCUUCAUGCCGGCUUUGUGAGUCUUUUUGGAGCUGCUGCUUUUGUAGACGCUUUAAGGGAUGAGGACAGUGAUGCUGGAUUAUUUGCAACAGUUGGGUUUCUAUUUUUGAUGAAGCUUCAAA